AUGGCUGCGCGCUACCAUGAGGCGCUGCCAGCGGCUUCCAAUGGCGACGCAGCUCCCCGAAUUGGACCUCAUCCGGGCUACAUCUCCAGCUCGAACCAGUACGCCUCGGAGCUCAAGAUACGGCGCAUGCUCAAGGAGAAUGGCUGCGACCCCGCGCGAGAGGAUAACUACCGCUUGCAGGGCGUUCAGCUCAUAGACACCGUCAGACAGCAUCUGAACCUGCCGGUGCGGACGUUUGACACAGCGUGCACGUAUUUCCACAAGUUUCGGCUCAACUUCCGCGAUGCCGAAUACAACUACCAAGACGCGGCCCUGGCAUCGUUGUUUGUCGCGUGCAAAGUUGAGGAUACGAUUAAGAAGUCCAAGGACAUACUCGCGGCAGCCUAUAAUGUCAAGAAUCCUGAGAAGCCCGCGGCUUCAGACGACAAGAUCUUUGAAUCUCCCGGCAAAAUCAUUAUUGGACUUGAGCGACUGAUUCUCGAAACGAUCGGCUUCGACUUCCGCACUCGCUACCCCCAGAAGCUGCUGGUCAAGGUCGUGCGCAGCAUCCUCGGCCCCGAACAGGGAAAAGAAUUCUUCAACAUCGCCUACGCUAUGAGCAUCGACAUGUACAAGACGUUUGUCCCCAUCAAACGGACCACCUUCUCCAUGGUCAUGGCUCUUGUGGAACUCACAGCUCGCAUGACGGGCCACCACUUGGACAAAGUUAAGGACUUUGCCGCACACCGGCGGCAGUAUCAUCGUCCGGCAGUGCUGGAGACUAUGCUGGACAUACUUGACCUUUACGUCCAAUAUCACAAGUCGACCAAAGUCGGCACGCAGUUUGACCUAAACCGAUUCAUGGACAUCAAAAUCGCCCUUAACACGGAGCUCGAAAAAGAAUUCAUCUCUCGACACAUGUACUACUGCAGCCGUUGCGAGAAUGAUGAGCCCAGCCCGCUUACCCCUGGCUCGGUGACUUCACCCACAGCAACAUCAUCAUCGUUGCCCGGCGACUUGUCUAUGCGACGAACAGCUCGCGGCCAGGACGGCACCAUGCGAUUUGUUUUCGACCCCGAGGCGGCCAGAGAAGAGCAAGAUACGGUGGCUCAAUACUACAACGAAGAGUACGAAGAAUACGAGGUUGAAGUGGAAGAGCCAAUACCAGCUCCGAGAAACGAGCACGGAGAAGGGGGUGGCGGGCACUCUCGUCACGCACAGAACCAACAAAGAGAAGUAUUCACAAGGGUGAAAGUAGAAACAGGAACAUGGAGCUAA